GGCAAAUGGGUCAUGGCAUUGCAUUCAUGAAGCAAAUGAUUUGCAAAUGAAGCUGCAGCCACUCCGCUAUCACUAUUAGUAAAAUGGUGGUCAAAAGCUAAAAGGCGAGGAAUGUCUUGAGGACCAAGGAAAGACGGUAGAGAGAGCAACGGUGAAAGAGGGAGACAGUUGGGGUGGUGGCAAGCCCUUCUUUAUUAAAGCUACUUGGCUUACCACCACUGUGUGGCAUUCAGGCAGGUGAUGGCAGGAGCGUAUGGGGAAGCGGAGGUCGUCCCCGUCUCGCCUUCAGGAGAGUAUCCCGAUGUCGAAGCUGUUGGGAGUCUGGCGAAGGCAGCCAUAGAGAUGCGAGCUGAGCGGGAAGUCCUGGAUAAGAAGCACAUUGAAGAUGGUUCGCUGGACAAGAUGAAGGCUGCAGUGGGGGAAGCAGUCCUUAGAAAUCCGUAUGUGGAUGAGCAGUGUCUGCUGAGGUUCCUGCGGGCAGAUCUUGGAGACGUCAAGAAAGCGUCUAAGCGGCUCACGGCUUGUUUGGAAUGGAGGGAGAAACGGAAGCCAGAAAUUGCAGUGUGUCCUUCUUGUGCUGCAGACCCUUUAGCACACUACGUUCACUUCGUGGGCUUCGACAAAUUUGGGAGGCCAGCACUGUACUCGUGCUUUGGACUUGGGAAGGAGCACAUUGUCGAACACAACAUCCAACAUCUCGUUGUGGUAUUGGAGGAAGUCAUUGCCAAAAUGCCUCCUGGUGUUGAAAACUACGUUUGGGUAACGGACUUUCACGGUUUCGGCAUGGUGGACUGCAACCCGAAGCUCCCGCUAGCAUCGAACGAGGUCUUUGGCAAACAUUACCCGGAACGAGUGGGCACGUACAUAUUCGUCGAAGCCCCAAAGAUCUUCAGCGGGCUCUGGAAGCAGAUUCGGGUCUUUGUCGACAAGCGGACGUACCGGAAAGCCCAAUUUGUCGAAGGCCCGAAGAAGGAGAAGGGCGCGAAGCUGCGCGCGCGGCUGGCCGAGAUCUUCGACGAGGAGCUCGUGGACUGGCUCAUGGUCGAGAUGGUAGAAAACCGGGAUAAAAAGAAGGCGAAGGAGAAGCAUAAUCCGGAGCUUUACUCGUACACUGCUGAAAGCUUAGAACGCGCCUUAGCGAGCAAUGUCCACGAUCCGAGGGGCCCAAGGUCACACUUGCAGCGGUUGCUCGAGAGUGCACAGGGGAAGGGCUUAACAAGGACGUAAACGAAUGUAGAUAGUCAGUUAUGAGAUAAACGAUGCGAAGUCGGCUCUGCAUUUUGCUUCCGGUUCUUAAUCAGGUUCGAGGAGCCAUGCAUGCAAU